AUGGAAGAGCUGGGUCGAUAUUGCCGGGUGGACUAUCUGAGCCAGCGAGGCAAGUGGUUACAGCUGGGAAAACUCCUGGCUGUCGUCUUUAUCCCGAUAUUUGCCGGCUGGGCCUUCACCUUGUAUAGCUUAGCGGAGAAUGUUAUUGCGAAGAGUGCGUUUAUUGAGGCGCAAGGUACCAUGAUGAAAUCAAUCGCAUUGGGAAGGCUUCUGUUUAACAUACAGAAGGAACGCGACAUGUCGAUCCUGUACAUCAGUCGACUGGGCCUCGGAUCGAAGACAUUCUUGCUUACAGAUUACGAUAAGACGGAUAAAGCCUUUGAACAGAUGUGGACCUGGCCGACGGAAUUCACAAUGCUCGAAAUGAAGCAGUUUCGAAGCAAGGAAAGCCUGAUGUCAUAUAUCAACUUACACCGAACUGCUCUCGACAUCAAUACAUCGACUACCAAAUCUGAGCUUGAAUUCUACAACGGAAUCGUGGAAUUCCUAUUGGAUUGGAUGAUCUUUAACAUCCAAGGUACGGGAUUUGGUGAAGUUUGGACGACCUUAGUCGUGUUCCAGAAGAUCACAUGGUGCACGCUAGACGCCGGGGCAGAACGGGCAUAUGGUGCAUUGUUCUUUGCAAACGGAAACUUCCCUGACGCAGACAUGUAUGAUGAAUAUUUGAAUCGUAUCGCGCGCUUCAAUAUCAACUUCAAAACUUCCGCUUACUUCUCUGACCUUGUCGAUCCUCUAACGGAAGAAAAACGUGAUAUUAAAAAAUACAUAACUGCAAUUAAGAUGCUUCGAACAGAAAUCUGGUACAGUAAUUUCAGGGGGAACUAUUCUUCCAUUGUUAAAGCACAGGCUUAUUUUGACAAUACGUCGUUUCGGAUUGAUUACCUGUACACUCUCCAAGAAGCAUUAGCCAAAAGAAUAAUAAAUGACAUGAAUGAAACCCUUCAUGACAUCGAGAUGCAAAUGAUCGCCUACGCAGUGGUAGCAGUGGUUGUUAUUGCAGCUUUUCCGGUUAUCAUAUUCUUUUCUGAAGCACUGACUUCGCAUAUGCAAACUUUUUCAAAAGUUCUCAUGAAAGCGUGCGAUAAUCUGAAGGACGAACAGAGCAAAACCGACAUCCUACUGUUCCAAAUGUUGCCGAAGCCAGUUGCCGACCGACUGAAGAAAAACGCCAAGGUUGAGUCGGAAUUCUUUAAAUCUGCGACUAUCAAGUUCACCAGCAUUGUUGAUUUCAACGAACUAACGAUAAAGUCAGCCCCCCUUGCCCUUGUGGACUUGCUUAACGUCCUGUACACGGCUAUGGACGAGAAACUGAAGAUGUUCGACGUGUACAAAGUAGAAACCAUCAACGACACCUACAUGGUUGCUUCAGGCGUCCCGGUACCGAAUGGUUCUCGGCAUCCAGUGGAAAUUGCCUAUCUGGCAUUGGAGAUCGUCUCCAUGAUGAAGAGGCAAGCGUUUGGUGAGACGCGGAUCAAGGUCCCUCUGCAGCUGAAAAUCGGUUUCAGCACAGGUAUCUCAAUGUUUACGAUUCCUGAUAUUUCUACGAAUUUGGUGUUUUAA